CAACAAUCACCAUUCCCCCCAUAAAGCGUUCCCCUCUUUAGCUGGUUAACUCAUCAUAAUGGCUCUUAUUAGCUGCUUUAAUAUUCUAACGAGUUUUGCUAUUUUAAUGGUUUUUCUACCAUCCCAGUUGGAAGCAUAUUACACACCAAAUACAGGUUGCCAUCACAAUGGUACUUGGUAUGCAGACAAAUCACUUGUUCCCACCACCGAGAAAUGUUUGAACUGUCAGUGUAAUAAGAAGACUUUAGUCUGCCGUUUAAAAGUAUGUCCUGAGAUGCCGAUGCCACCACCUCGUGGCUGUGUUGUUGUCCAAAAGAAGAACACAUGUUGUCCAUAUUUAUCGUGUGCACGUUUAGAUGCCUUCUAUAAGAUACCAGCCACGCGUCGCAUUAUCGCAUAUUUAGAUCAUUACGAGCGUGAAUCAAUUGAUCGUGUAGUCAAUGAAAAUAUGCUGCAGCGCAGAUCCGAUGAUACCGAUGUCGAUUUGUAUGUUUGUGUUAAAAAUGGCACAGUUUACAAGUCCGGCUCUGCAAUGUCCUCUUCCAACCUGUGCAGUUAUUGCUAUUGUAUUGGUGGCACUGAGAAAUGUGUGAAACCCAAAUGCAUGCUGCCUGUCGAAGGAUGCAAACCGAUUUUUGUGGAUUCCACCUGUUGUCCCGUACGUUACGAUUGCAGUACCAAACAAACAGGCAAAUCAUCCCAGGAAGUGCGUUAUCGAAAAACCUCUAACAAACAUUAUAUGAGAAUGUCGCAGCGUUUGCAGCGUAAUCAUGGCUGCACAGUGGGUCAGCAAUUCUAUACGGAAGGACAGAAAAUGAAAACUGAUAAAGAUAAACCCUGCGAUAUAUGUUUCUGUAUAAGAGGACAAAGGAAAUGUGCUCCCAAGAAGUGUGCUCCCGCCUUAAGAAACUGUAUACCAGUGGUGCCUAAAGGGCAAUGUUGUCCUUCCAGUUAUGAUUGUGGUAGUCAGAGGGAUUAUAGGAGAUCACAAAAUUCUAGGCAAUUCAAUUUGUUCUCUCUGCUUUUUGGAAAAGAUGAGGAACAAGAUGAAAAUGCUGCCACUGAAAUACCGGUACAAUAUCCCCAUGAUAGGGAACCGGUAAGCUUAAGACCCUUGAAGAAUAAAGCUGCUACAACAGAGAAAAGUAUUUUUGAUUCGAUAAGAGAAGGUUUAGAAUUUAUCGAUAACAAUAAUAAUCAAAUGAUAAAAGACAAUAUGGAUUUAGUGGCUAUGCCCAAUCAAAAAAUACAACAUAAACAAGUCAGACCUUCACCUACACCCAUACCCCUGAGCAUGCACAAUUUACCCAGUACCACGGAAGUUAGUUUCCUAGAUUUACUUCUAGGGCCCUCAGAACCCAAUAAAGAAAAAACGGAAAAUUCCUCAGAAGAAACGGAAUCAGCAGAAGAGAAAACCACUCCCACUAGCACCGGCAUACACUGGGUGGAUUUGCUGUUAGGACCUGAUGAGGAGGAAGUGAAAAAUUCAGCCAGUACUAUAUCGGAUAAAGUAGAUAAGACUGAUACAACAAAUGUACAAGAUCAGCUUGAUUUUGAAAGUACUACUUCGAUAGAUCGGGUGGACCAAGACAGUUUUAUAGACAGUUCAGAGUCUGAGGGAGAAUUAGAUGCAGAACAACAAGAAAAACUACUGACCACCACAAUAGAACCGGAAAUAAAUGAGGAAACAACACAAAUUUAUACCACAAUUUUACCAGAAACUACAAGCACAACUAAGAAAACUACAACAACCACUACCACAACUACCAGGAAACCCACUACAACCUCGACCACCACUACUACUAGGAAACCUAUCACCUCCACUACGAAAAAAUCCACCAAAACUACUAACCCUCAUCAAAAGAUAAAGCCAGUGCAUACAAAAGUAAAUCAUAGUCCUGGCAAGAAUCAUACACAAUCAAAACCUGAGAAAAAUUCCGACUUUUUAGCCCAACUACUAGAUGGUUUAAGUGGUAUUUUGGCUGGAGAAAAUAAAACUCGCCAUAAUACACCACAAUUUGUAAAUAAAAAGCAGAAUUUAAAUAGAACUACCACGGUAAAAUUGCCCACACCUAAACCCAUGCCCUCGUUUAAACCUUUGCCUCAGGAUAAAACUUACACACGCAUCAACUCCAAAAUAGCCAAUUUAACAGUAAAGCCACCCAUUAUAACCACCAAACAAACUAUGAAAACUACUUUUAAACCCUUGGCUGUGAAAGACACUAAAAAUCCUACUAUGCCCGUAAAAGCAACAACUGUGCCUACCAGCACAGUGGCUACCACAACAACCUCCACCACCACUGAGGCAACCACAACAACCAGCACUACAUCAACAACUACCACAACAGCUCAACCCACAACCACCACCACUUCAAAACCGGUACUGAUCAAAACAAAUCCCACCAUUUUAGAAUCCGAACCCUUAGAUGAAAACUCCGAACCUACUUUGCCACCCAGUUUGCCUAAUCUUAAAAUUAUACCCUUCCUGCCCACCGAUGCUGUUAAAGCCGACCACAAUCAAGCCUCUUCCUAUGAAUAUUAUCAUCAUUCUUCAGCACCCAUUUCACGCAUAGACUAUGAUUUAUAUGAUGAUGCCAAUUUAUAUCCUUCAAUCACGGAGAAAUAUCCCUUAUAUCCUGAUUUGGAAGAUGGUAGUAAAGCCGAGUAUAUAUACAAAUUUAAUGUUGAAGGUCCCGACUCUUUGGUUUCCUCGAAUGCUGGUAAAUUUGAUGGCACCUUGGGUUCGCCGGCCUUCUUGAAAUAUGAUUUUGCUGGCUCUGGCACACCCUCAUCGACUAAGGGAUUUUCGCCGCCCACCAAGACCGAAGGAGGUUUUAUGCCAAAGGAGCCGUUGAUUUUGGACGACGAUGAUCAUGAUAAUGUUAGUGUUAAAGUUGGUGAUAGUUAUCAUGUGACUCAGCAUAUUAUAGAUAUAACAACGUCGGGAGAUGUGCUGAAUACGACAAAGGUUAUCGAAAUCACAACACCCGAUCCCUUCAAGGAUGUCAUACGCACCGAAACACCGCCUGAUUUGACAUCUCUAAUCGAAGACAAAUUAAAAAAUUUGAUUAGCAAAUCAAGCACAACGACCACAACAACUACAAGCACAAGUAGUCAGUCAAAUAAUAAACCGCAAAAUACACCAGAAUUUGAAAUGAAUUCAAAACAAACGAAUACAAAUUCAAAUCCAAUGAAUACAAAAACGACAACCCAAAUCAAAAUGACAGCUACGCACGUUGCAAAUAACAAUGACUGCCAGAACAAUGGAUUUGGAUUUAAUAAAACUCAGGCAGAAGUUGGAGAAAAAACUAUGCAACAUAGAAUAACACUAACACAAACCUUUGGCGAUGACAUGGAUGAUGAUGAUGAUGAGGACGACGAUGGUGAAGCUAAUGCUGAUGUAAAUGAUGUGAGUACAAUACCUCCAUUUAAAUCAUUGCCAUCGGCGGCGAUGGUGGUAAAACAACAAAAACAACAGCAACAAUUGGUACAUGAAGACAACAACACAACAACACUGAGUAAAGAGUCUGUCACAUCACAGACAAACAACAAAUUAAAGCAAACAGAAACAACGAUAAGGCCAAUAGGCAGUACAACACCGUCAACCAGGAAAAUGACCACAACAGCAACAACGAAAAGGCCAGCAGCCGCAGCAACCAUUAAGGUAAAUCGUAAUAAAACAAUUGCCACAACUACAUAUCGAACUAAGCAACAACCACUUGGGCAGCAGCACCAACAACAACAACAAAAGCCUACAAAAAUAAAUAAGAAUUCCACAGUGAAUGGCAGUGAGAUGAAAAUAUUGGCAUCAUCAACAACUACAUCAUCUUCUUCUAGUUCUUCGUCAUCAUCUGGCGGCUCUGUGUCAACAUUGAAAACUAAGUCCAAUGCAACACGACGUGUAGCAAGUACAAAACCAACAAAACAUAAUAAACCGACCACCAACACAACGACACCCAUAACAACAGCCACAAUAAAGAGCACUCCUAAACCAAAUGCAAUAAAUAUUGAUAGAACCUCUGUGGCCACUAGACGGACGGCAAAACCAACAGCUAAUGCAAAUAUACCUAAAACUAGUACCAGUACAACAACAACAACCACAACAACUAAAAAGACAACUACCACAACAAAACCAACAACAAGCUCUUUGUCUGCUUCACCAUCUUACGUUGCUCCAGCAUCAUUACAAAAGGCACCAACUACAAAUCCAUUUUUUAUGUCACCUUUUGACAAAUUACCUUUCAUGGAUGCCAGUUUUGAAGUGAAACGUAAUUCAGCAACGCCCUCCACAACAACAACGACAACAACCGCCUCCCCACAACAACAUUUUGCUGUAGCAGCAACAAUUGCUGCUGAUGCCUUGCUAGAUGGUGCGAACGAUGAGCAAGAUGAGUAUGAUUCGUCUGCAACAUCUUCCAGGCACAAAUUAAUGGGUUUGGUACACUACAAACAUACACUUAAUCAAUUGGAGGGCUUAGAACCUUCAACACAACAACGCCCUCAGCAUUAUUCUUACUCAUCCCCUGUCGCUGCCUCUAACUCAAACUCACCCACAUCCUCUCACCUUACCUCCGCUCAGUUCAACUCUCAGGUGUCAUCACCCUCGUCAUCGUCAUCAGCAUCACAGCAACAACCAGCACCACAACAGCCAUCCUCAUCACUAAAUAAUUUAAUUGAUCCCACAGGUAUUUUAAAAUUGGCGGGUUGUAAUAUUUAUGGACGAAUGUAUCGCGUUGGUCGCAUCAUACUUGAACUUUCAUCACCCUGUUUAGAGUGUAAAUGCACGGAAAUUGGUGUUAAGUGUGGACCAUUAGACUGCUAGAGAAUUGUUAUUUUAAAAAUGACGAUAGAAAUACAUUUUUCGUAAAACAUUAUUAUUAAAUUAUUUUUGUACUUAAAUUAUAGA